CCGAAAGAUGACGUAGACGUCUCUCCGUCUACCUCAUGGCAAGAAAAUCUGACUGGUACUGGGCCUCCGACAACUAAUGUGGACACUACUACAAUAACAACGACUUCGGUCAGUCCAAAAUCGAGUUCUCUAAAUAUUGAACACUUUGACUUAGAUGAACAAGUUAGCACUCCAAUCGCCUUAGAUAUUCCUUCAGUACCUUUUUCAAAUUCAUUUAGUGAUAUUACACAAAAACAAUUAGGAUUU